UCAUAUAUAUACAAGCAGGUAAACGACGUGACACUUAGUUGAGUGGUGGUUGUCUCUGGAAGAACGUUAUAUACAGCCGCUGAUCCCCCAUCUUGGAAUAUUUGUGUUUUGUCCGUAUAAACUAUUAAAGGGACAGCUUUCAUCUAGAACACUGAAAAUGAGUUUUCACUCAUAUUUUGGAUUAACCGUUAUAUUUAUGUUGGCUGUAUUUCAGAGUGCAGUAGGGUCCGGUAUUCUAGAAAUAAAGCUUCUAAAGUUUUACGGAGAUGGUGAUGGAUCCAAUGGUCAUUGCUGUGAUGGCAAAUUUUUCAUCUGUCCAACCAAAUGCGAUCCUAAGUUUACAAUAUGUGUUGACAAUGCAUAUGGAUCCGAUUCAAUGAAUGAUUGUCAGUUUGGAAAAUAUACAACAGGGGAUACAAUUGAUACAGACCACAUAGUAUUUGGUGAUUAUAUUGGCGGAAUGAGGAAUUACUUCCCCUUUAAAUUCACCCAAUGGACCGGCGUGGUGAAGGUAAAGGUUGAUAUUGUGGAUGUUGAUGACGUAAAUAGUCAUGAUCAUAUUGAUACGAUCAGAAGACAUAUUAAUCGAGCACCCACGCGCCCCCCACGUUAUACGGCCGAACUAAUUAAACAACGAACCAGUUUAGAGAUCGAUGCUAGAGUAUCGUGUGAUGCUCAUUAUUAUCGUCAUGAUUGUUUUAUAUACUGUAAACCUAGCGAUGAUGCUAUUAAUGGAUAUUAUACCUGUAAUCAAGAUACAGGUGCAAAAAUAUGUAAACAAGGUUGGACCGGAUCAAGCUGUAAUGUUGAUAUCGAUGAAUGUGAAGAGAGUAUAUGUCAGAAUAACGGUACAUGUACUAACACUAACGGGAGUUAUUCUUGUUCUUGCCUUCAAGGCUACAAAGGUUAG